GAAGUUUCUUGUAUAAGUUUAGAGUUUUCUAGCAUAAUGAAUCUUAUUAAAUUAGCUUCAUAUAUUUGAAUUUUGCAAUUUUUCAAUAUUUAAGAACCUUAUUGUUAAUACUCUACAUUUUAAUUGGUUAUUAGGAGGACUAAGCAAAACUAAAUCUGAUCCAUUGAAAUAUGAUGGCUAUUCUACUCACCUCUAGUUUGGGCAGUGUCGUAGGGAGUAGAAAUAUUGAUUGGAGAGAGGAAAUAAGCCUGAAGGGUGAUUUAAAUUUUAAUGUUCUAUUUGGUGACCAAUUGAAAUAUCCUGAGUAUCAAUAAUGGAGGAUGAGUAAGGUUUCAGUGUUUUAUUCGAUGACCACUUGAAAUAUCUUGAAUAACUAUUAUUUUAACUUUCUUUGAUUGUCUUUUUUUUUCAUCAUAUGUUGCUGUGAUAAAGAUGCGAUUGAAGUUAUUUAGGGCGGAAAGUGGCACUACGACGGUGUGGAGUUGGGAUGAAAUGAACUACGAUGUAUUGUUAAAGAUAAUGAAGAGAGUGCCAUUGGGGGAUAGGCUUUGUGUAGCGUGUUUGGUGAGCAAGACAUGGUUGUCGGCAGUAUUAGAUUCAAUGUCACCCCCUGGUGUGAUUAAUCUCAAACGCUUGGAUUGCCCUAAGUUCCAACGAAUGAACAAUAGAUAUCUUGUUUUCUUGAAGCGUAGGCUGGAUACUAUGCCAGUUGACUCUUGCUCUGCAUUUUAUCAUGGCGAAACCUUUCUUCAAGAAUAUAAGUAUCGGUAUAUUGCUAAAAGGACACCUUCCAUGCAGAAGUUGAUAAUACCCCGGGCAGUGCGUAUGAAUUUUACUUUUAUUCUGCCUGCUAUGAAAUACUGAAAGAAGCUGAAGAA